CUUCGGCAUCGUUUCCGAAGCUCGUUAUCAACCUCACGCCCUCUCAUAGACCAACAGACCUUGGCUCUUACAAAAAUUGUAACUCAAGGAGACGUAAAACACAACCGUCAAGAUGUCCAUGGUUUUCAGACGCUCAAUGGCUACCGCCGCCUCGUUGAAGAGGGCCGGUAAGGUUAUGUGCAUUGGCCGCAACUAUGCCGACCACGUGAAGGAGCUCAACAACACCCGCCCCAAGCAGCCCUUCUUCUUCCUCAAGCCCACCUCCUCCAUCCUCCUCCCUGGAGCUGGCCCGGUCCUGAGGCCCAAGGGCGUCGACAUGCACUACGAGGUCGAGCUUGCCAUCGUUCUCGGCAAGCAGGUCAAGGACCUCAAGGCCGAUGACCACAAGGGCGCCAUCGACGCCAUUGAGGCCUACGCCCUCGCCAUCGACAUGACGGCACGCAACAACCAAAACGAGGCCAAGAAGAAGGGCCUCCCCUGGUCCAUCGCCAAGGGCUUCGACACCUUUUUGCCCAUGAGCGACAUCAUUAAGAAAUCCGCCAUUCCCGAUCCCCACGACAUUGAGCUCUUCCUCAAGGUCAACGACGUCGUCAAGCAGCAAGGCUCCACCAACCUCAUGCUCUUCCAGAUUCCCCGCAUCCUGAGCGACAUCUCCAAGGUCAUGACCCUCGAGGCCGGCGACAUUGUUCUGACCGGAACCCCCGCCGGUGUCGGUCCGGCCGUGCCCGGUGACGUGAUCCGCGCCGGUCUCCGUGUUGGCGGCAAGGAGCUGGCCGAGGCCAAGAUUGAGGUUGCUGUUGAGGAGUCUCCUAGCUCGUACGAGUUUGCUGAGACGUGAGUUGCGGUUGAUGAGCAUUUCAUAGGUCGCACAUCUUCAGAAGGAUUUGAGCGAUUUAUCUGCAAUUUUUACGGGAAAGUCAUGCUAGGUCUCAUAUAAGGAAAGGGGCCGAGGUGUAAAGUCUCAGUCUG